CUGCUUAUGCGCUGCUUUUUUUUAAAAUUUCACUGACUCACAAUGUGUUUUCACACCUCUCAGCCCCUGCCAUGGCAGCAGGUGUCAGCAUACUGAAUGACCUGCCUUACCCGAUGUGUGGAGCCUGCACAGUAGAGAUCGUCACAGAGAUGGACACAGCCAAUGCUAGGAUCCCUACAGCAAAGUACACCAAGAUGGGGGAGACGCUGAGGCACGUCAUCCCGGGUCACAUGCAGUGCUCCAUGGCCUGUGGAGGGAAAGCGUGUAAAUAUGAGAACCCCUCACGCUGGAGCGACGAGGAGCAGGCCAUCAAAGGACUCUAUUCCUCCUGGAUUACUGACAACUUGCUAGCUAUGGCAAGGCCUUCCACUGAAAUCAUACAGAAAUAUAAUAUAAUUGAACAAUUUCAAAGAUGUGGCCUGAAGACAGUCAUCAACCUGCAGCGGCCUGGAGAACACGCCAGCUGUGGCAACUCGCUGGAGCAGGAGAGCGGCUUCACUUAUCGACCCGAGACGUUCAUGAGGGCAGGCAUUUAUUACUACAACUUUGGGUGGAAGGAUUAUGGUGUUGCAUCUCUGACUACGAUCCUUGACAUGGUCAAAGUCAUGUCGUUUGCUAUCCAAGAGGGAAAACUGGCUGUCCACUGCCAUGCCGGCCUCGGGAGAACAGGUGUGUUGUUAGCUUGUUACUUGGUUUUCACGUCCCGGAUGAACGCUGACCAAGCCAUCUUGUUCGUGCGAGCCAAGAGGCCGAACUCCAUCCAGACCAGAGGCCAGCUCCUGUGUGUCAGGGAGUUCGCUCAGUUCCUGGUUCCUCUCAGGAGCGUCUUCUCCUCUGCAGAUCCCAAAGCGAGUGCCGUCACCUUGUCCCAGUACCUCACCCGGCAGAGCCACCUGCUUCACGGAUACGAGGCCCGACAGAUGAAACACGUGCCAAAGAUCGUCCAGCUGGCAUGUCAGCUCCUCGUUGACAUCGCAGCCGACAGACAAGUGGUGAUCGAGGAGGAGUGGCUGGAGAUUCCCGACCUCACGGCCGAGGUGGAGAAGACCGUGUCGCAGCAGGCUCUGCAGCAGCUCGGGAAGGAGAUGAGAGGGAAGGGGAUUCCCGUCCCACCUUGCUCUUCCUCGCAUCCCCUCAGUGCAUCCGCUCAGCAGUCCAGACCUCCUCAAGAUCAACCAAGUGAUAACGAGCUUGACCCACUGUGGCAGGAGCAGAACGUAGAAAGCCCUCUGAAAUCCUCGCUGUCCGACAAAAGAAGCCUCAGUUACAGCGACUCUGUCCUUCAUAAACCUCGACCACAGCAGUACCAUUUAGAAAACCUAAAGAGCUACAAACCAAUCAACUGUCUGAACAAAUACUCCCUCUCUCACAGCAGCCUUACUGGUUGUAACACCCCGAGAAAUUGGGACCUCUCUCCUCAGGACAUUAUCAGCAUCAUUCAGGACCCCAUGGGAGAUGCAAAAAAAGACGCAGGAUCAUCCUCCUCAAGAAGGAAGCUACACAAGUGGCAUCAAAGUUUGUCUUUAGAUCUGUCCGAGCAGAGAAGAAAAUCGUACUGUUACGCCACACAUUCAGCCUUAACCACUAAGAGCAAACUAGUUACCCGGGAGACGAAGCCAGAUGUGGAUGUGUCAGUGGAUGAAGGGGUUGCAGCAGUUCCUUUCAUCACCCUGCAGCCUGAGCUGUCUGCAGAAGGCAGACACCUGCUGGUGGCCAAAGCUUUAGCCAUGGACCUGACAGACAAUGAUCUGACCUCCAAAGUGCUGCAGUGGCAGACGGAGCUGAACACCAGAGAGGGAGCGUGGGAAAGGCUCUGCAUGGAGAGAGAUCCUCUGGUCCUGUCUGGCCUCAUGUGGUCCUGGCUGGAGCAGCUCAAGGGUCCAGUCAUCAGCAGCGAGGAUAUAAAAGCCCUCAGUGAGAAGAAUGUAAAUCCAGAGGACGCCCUCAACUCUCUGGAAAAGGGCCACAGACUCACUUUGCUGUCUAUCCUCCAAUGUGCUGCUCACGUGCUGCCAAUGCCUGAAGAGGUGGAGACUAGUUUUCUCAACCAAACGAUAAAAGUGUUCACUAAGAUUGACCCCGCCUCCGAGAAGAACGAGUCUUUGUACACUAAACUGAAAGCAAUUCUCGCUCCCAUUCUCCAUGAGCUGCGCGACAAAGCUGUGGAGGAGAAUGAAGACUCCUGAUUUCAGCUUCAGCAGGACGCGGAGGACUCACAUCUUGGGUUCUACCUUUUCUUCUUGGGCAUUACUGUGUGUUUUAAGCCAGUUUCUUGCAUCAGAUACUGCUGAGAUUUGCCAAUCUAUAGUCUCAAGAUAUUUGAAGACUAUUUCUUUGAAGGGUCAAGCGUUUUAUUUAUCUUAAAAGCUCUACGCACUGCCAGUCUCUUACAUGUGCCACUGUGUUCAAUUUGUAAUCUGCUCUGUUGUUUCAUUUUUAAAGGGACUUAAUGUUGCUUACAUUAUCUAACUGUUUGUUUAAAAAAAAAGAUUGAGAGACUUUCUCAUGUUGUUAGCAUUAUGUUAUUUAAAUGUGUAUCUCAGCUCUUUAAGCUGUUAGAAAAAAAAAAACGUGGGUCUAAUUUAAACCAAAAGAUGUUUCUACACUGUGCAGAAGCUACAAUGUGUCUUAUUUAUUCAGAUGUUCUGAUUUGAAAUGCAGCGUUUGGUUUAACCUGUUGACAAGCUGCAAGGUCGCUUUGUUCUUGUAGAAUGUAAAUUCAUUCUGAGAAACUAAUGCUAACUGUGGCCGUUUUUAUGGCAAUGCAAAUUUGACAAAGGCCACAGUGCAUUUGCUUUUCCAAUCCAUUUAUUUUCCAUAAUACUGUGCUCACCAAAAAAAAAAAACCCUCUCACUGUGCUGCUCUGUUAUGAAUGCAUUUGUAAAACAUUGAUCUGCCUCCACUGCUGCAUCGAGCAAAAAUGCUCUGCCUCAACUCAAAUGGCCUCUGUCCUGACUCGUGCUGCCGUGUGUAUCGCACCUUCUGUGUUUGGGGGGUAGCUGUUGGGACUAGUCACCGUCACCUCCCAUGUUUGACACUCUGUUACAGUAACUCCAUCUUCUGUCACAUGCUGAACGUGGAACGCUAAUGAUAAUAAUGAGACGAAACACAUACGACAUUGUACUGUGGGGAUUUUCAACAAGCACUAUUUUUUCAUUGUAACAACAGGCUACUUCUUUUUAAAAAGGACUUACUGCAAGCUAAA